CCUGACCGAACCCCAUCGAGUGAGAGAGGAUGGCUAAAGGGUUUUUGCGUUGUCGGCACUACGACCACCGCAGGCAUCGGCUAAAACUAGGGCACCAGUCGCACCGCCCAGUAACACUCAAUCUGCUCCCUCUUCCUCGAUACCCGAAGCCCUCGAUGGCACCCCUCAAACCCCUUCCCUUAUCUCCUUUUCCCUCUUCUUCUCUCCCCACCUAAUCCGCCCCCAAAAUUGUCUCCGAUCCUUGCCUUAUCUCUUUUCUAGGGCUGUUUCCGGGGAAGCGAGGACCUGGAAUUGCCUCUCCACCUCCAUGUCCGACUCCUCGGAGAUCCCCGCAUGGCUGAAGAACCUGCCCCUGGCGCCCGAGUACCACCCCACCGAGACGGAGUUCGCUGAUCCCAUCGCCUUUAUCUCGCGUGUCGAGCGCGAGGCCGCCGCCUUCGGCAUCUGCAAGGUCAUCCCCCCGCUCCCCCGGCUCUCCAAGAAGUUCGUCCUUGCCAACCUCAACCGCUCCCUCUCCGCCUCCCCCGACCACUUGAAACCGCCUCCCUCCUCCCCCCGCUCCCCCGCUGCAGUCUUCACCACCCGGCACCAGGAGCUCGGGGCGCGACGCGGCCGCGCCCUCCCCGUUCAGAAGCAGGUGUGGCAGAGCGGCGAGUUCUACACCCUCGAGCAGUUCGAGGCCAAGUCCAAGGCCUUCGCUCGCUCCCAGCUUGGUGGGAUCAAGGAAGUCAGCCCUUUGCUGAUCGAGACCCUCUUCUGGAAGGCCGCUUCGGAAAAACCCAUUUACGUAGAGUAUGCCAACGAUGUGCCUGGGUCGGGGUUUGGCGUGCCGGAGGUGCCGUUCCGGUAUUACCCUCAUCACCGGAGGAAGCGGAAAAGAGGGCUCAAUAGGGGGAGCAUCCAGGAGCCAAGACGCUUGUGCCCACAGGCGAUCGGGGAGCGUGAGGGCAUGGGUGGUGUCGGGUGGAAGCUAUCAAACAGCCCAUGGAAUCUUCAGGCCAUCGCUAGGGCCCCUGGUUCGCUUACUAGAUUUAUGCCUGAUGAAGUGCCAGGAGUUACCUCGCCGAUGGUAUAUAUUGGGAUGCUGUUCAGUUGGUUUGCCUGGCAUGUGGAGGAUCAUGAGCUGCAUAGCUUGAAUUUUCUCCAUUUGGGCUCUCCGAAGACUUGGUAUGCUGUUCCUGGAGAUUAUGCGGCCACACUGGAGGAGAUUGUUCGUGUUCAGGGAUAUGGAGGAAACAUAGAUCGGCUUGCGGCUUUAAUUAUGCUCGGAGAGAAGACAACAUUGCUAUCUCCUGAAGUUCUGGUGGCAUCAGGGGUGCCAUGCUGCAGGUUAGUACAACAUCCUGGUGAGUUCGUUGUAACAUUUCCAAGGGCUUAUCAUGUAGGCUUCAGCCAUGGAUUCAACUGUGGGGAAGCUGCUAAUUUUGCAACUCCCAAGUGGUUAAUGGUGGCAAAAGAGGCUGCAGUGCGAAGGGCUGCCAUGAAUUAUCUUCCUAUGCUCUCCCAUCAACAGCUGUUAUACAUGUUAUCAAUAUCUUUUAUCUCAAGUGUUCCUAGAGAACUGUUGUCAGGUGCACGGAGUUCCCGUCUGAGAGACCGUAAGAAAGAAGAACGAGAAAUCCUAGUCAAGAAAGCAUUUCUGGAUGAUAUGAUGAAUGAAAGCAACUUGUUGUUUGUACUUCUUGCAAAAGCAACAAUCUCUAGUGCAGUGUUGUGGGAACCAGAGAUGUUGCCUGCCACGUGUCUUGGUACCCAAGUGCAGCAGUCUUCAUCCGUAUUAUCUGAAGCACAUGGGCCCACAAGUGGCGACCUUCAUGGAAUUAAAAUGGAGUGUCAAUCUAUGGGUAAAGAUUCUCUUGACUAUGAAGGAGAUGCUUGCUGUACUCAGGAUGCCCAUGAAACAACUGCCGAUCUUUCCGGCAGAUCAUCUCAUUCUGCUUUAUUUUCAGAGGCUAAUGAGAAUGCUUGCAAUAAUACUGAGGGCAUCAUGGAUGUUGAUGAAAUUGAUCUACCAUUUGGUCUUGAUGUUGAUUCUGGAUCAUUGGCAUGUGUUGCCUGUGGAAUUCUUGGCUAUCCAUUUAUGGCUAUCCUGCAACCUUCUGAAAAAGCAUCCAGAAAUAUUAUUGCUGCAAAUUCUAAUGAAUCUCAUCCAAGCCUUGAUAUAUCACAAAAUUUGAACCUUCCUUCCUGCCAGUCCUGUACUGCCAAAAAGUUGGAUUCAGACGAAUGUGUUGGUGUUGAGGAGCAGAGAAAUCCGGAUGCCAGAUCUAAUUCACAUGAGAACACGGUCAAUGUUUCUCUGGUUGAAAACCGAAGUGCUGUAAAAGAGUCUUUAUCAGACACUACACCAGAUAUGCUUGGUGAAGACGUUGAGAGAAGCAGAUUUUGUCAUUUGAUUGGACCCGAAAAACUAUCCACCAUCAACUCAUUGCCUGUUAAUUGUGCAAGCAAUGUGGAACAUCAACAGAUUCUGAGUUUAAUGGAGCGUCAGAUACACGAAUUGAGAGCUCAAGAUAAGAAUGAUGCAUGUGUUCAAGCAAAGAGAACACAUUGUAGUUGUACAUAUGAAACGACAGUUGUCUGUGGACAACAUUCUUGUGACAAAAUGAAAGAACCUGGGCCACAUAUAUCUUUGACAAGUCAUUCAGAGGUUGACAAUAAAGCAUGUCAAGGAAACUAUCCUGGUAACAUUUCUCUUGAUGAAACAGAUGAUGUACCAGAGAGGAAAUCUUCAGAUGAGAUUUCAAAUUGGAAUACAUGCAAUGGAUUUCUAAGACCACGAAUCUUCUGCUUACAACAUGCACUUGAAAUUGAGGAUUUGUUACGGUGCAAGGGUGGUGUGCGUGUGCUUAUUAUAUGCCAUUCAGACUAUCUCAAAAUAAAAGCACUUGCCAUAUCUAUUGCUGAAGAAAUCAACAUCCGGUUUAACUGUGAAGAUGUCCCACUGGUGAAUGCAUCCCCGUCAGAUUUGGAUUUAAUCAAUGUCUCAAUUGAUGAUGAAGGACAUGAAGAAGAUGGGAAUGAUUGGACGUCAAAAUUGGGUCUGAAUCUGAGAUACUGUGCGAAGCUGAAAAAGCAGUCUCCAUCAAAUCAAGAACAUCUCACAUUAUCCUUAGGUGGAAUCUUUUCUGAUCCUUCUCCUACAGCUGUUUCAAAUCUCAAGUGGCUUUCUAGAAAAUCUCGUACUCCCCACAAGGUAGUUGGUGUGAUCCAGUCAAAAUCACAAUUUGAUGCAAAUAAUGAAAAGUGUGAGCUAAUAGAUGGGAAUACAAAUUCAAUAACUGAUUCUGCCAAAGUCACAGAAGUUAAUCGUAGCCUUGAACCACAUCAGAUAGGAACUCUGAAUCAUAGUCUCCUUAUAAAGGGUAUGCUCAAAGAGUCAGGCAGUGGUAACACAAUUGUUAAGGUUGAUGACAGAGGUGAUGAAAGAAGAAAAUGUGGUUCUGCAAACAAAAUUAUUAGUCAAAUGAAAGAUGAUACUGGCGAUAAUUUGCAUACCAUUCCUGUCCUGAUUGCUGAAUGUCCUCAAAUGCAUCAAGUGAGUUGGGUAACGCUGAGGGUUACCACAUACAGUGAGUCUGUUCCUCCUGUAAAAUUGCCUGCAAGUCAUGAGUCAGAUGUUGGAUAUUCUGAACGGUUAGAGAUUCACUCCGAUGGGCUAAGCUUCAAGGAAGCAGUUUGUGAACCUGUAAAGUCAGCUAGCAAACAGCCUUUUGUGGAUCCGGAACUAAGUCAAGGGUUUGAAGAAGCAUAUAGAUCACAAGACAAGUUUUGUAGUUCUGAUAAGUCAGAAAUUUUAGCAGAUAGAUUGAUUUUAGAAAGUGGAACUUCUGAAGCUCAACAAGUUAGUGCUGUGGAUACAGCUAAUCUAGGAGAUGAGUUCAAUGGAAAUAGGGAAGCAGCUUGUGGGACUGGUAGAAGACCUCUCCAUUAUUCUUUGGAGAAUUUAGAGGAUAGUUGCAGAACUUCGUUGUCCAACGACCAGUUCCUUUGUCUAUCAGAAUCACUAAUUAACUCUGAAAUACAGCUUAAUAAUCUGUCUGUCCAGGAACCUUUAGGUGAUGACAUGGUUGCCAAUCCUGCUAAUUCAAACAGGAUGCCUGACAUUAGCAUAAAUGAUGGUAGUAAAAUGUUGCAAGAGAUUUUGGCAAGGACCGAACAUAUUGCUGAUGGUGCAAAUAUCAUUAAGAGUGAAAACUACUUUGCUGUCAAUAAUUUGGUUGUUAAUAAUUCUGAAAUGCCGCAGAAAGUUCACUGUGCUGAUGAUAUGGAAGCCUUUGUUAAAGCUGAUGGGAAGACUGCUUUUAACCAUUCAAUGAAGUUGGCUGAGAUUCUUGCCAUAUCAAUGGCCGAAGGCUCUGUUAUGCAGGAAGUGCAUUCAACGGAGCUUUGUGUUUCUGCUGAUAGCUCUUCUUUGCUGAAUGGUGCACAACCAAAUUAUCAUAAUCCAGCAAGAGUUGAUCUUAUACAAUAUGUGAGGCGGAGAAACAAAAGAAAGAGACAACAAGAGCAGUCAACAGGAUGUCAGGAUAGCUCAGUUUGCUUUGUACGAAGCCCCUGUGAGGGGUUGAGGCCACGGAAUUGGCUCAAAACGGAUGUCAAGGCUGACAUAUUUACACUGGAGAAGAGCUCUGCAAUCAAGGAAAGGAGAAGACCAGGAAACUCGAUUGUGCAAAGGGAAGAUAAGAGCAAGGCUUUCAAGUGUGACAUUGAAGGCUGUUUUAUGAGUUUUCAGACAAGGGGAGAACUUUCACUGCACAAGCGUGACCGUUGUACAAUUGAGGGAUGUGGAAAGCGAUUUAGCUGUCACAAAUAUGCAGUGCGCCAUCAGUGUGUUCACAAUGAUGAUAGACCUCUUAGAUGCCCAUGGAAGGGCUGCAACAUGACCUUCAAGUGGGCAUGGGCCAGGACCGAACAUGUCAGGGUCCACACAGGAGAGCGUCCCUACAAGUGCAAGUUCUCUGGGUGCGGGCAGACAUUCAGGUUUGUAUCUGAUUUCAGCCGCCACAGAAGGAAAACUGGGCAUUAUGCCACACCUUCUGCUGGAUAGUUGUGGAUCUUAUUAAGCCUGCUUGUACUUUUUAGAUUUUCCUCUAGGAAGGAAUUGUUAAGAUAUUUCUUUUAGAAGUUCAAGUGGAGUCCACAGUUUGCUAAUAUUGCGGUAUCUCUUCACAGACUGAUACCUUUGUCUGAGAUAUUGCAACCUUCAUUGUUGAUCUUUGUAUUGCACUAAGAGCAAUCCAACUCAGUGUACCAUUAUUCUUUA